AUGGGAAUUCUUCAUAUCCCCAGCACCCGUUCUCGCAUGGAAAAGACGUAUCAAUGCUUCCUAGAAGGGGAAGAGCCGGAGGCGGCUGAUGUGAUGUUAAUAUUUGGUAUCUUUGCCGGUGCUGCACUAUUAUGGACCCCACAGCUCCUGGAGACGCUCAAGUCCACUCGAGAAGGAGCUGGCGCAGCCUUCAUGGUGUACACUAGGCUUGCACUCGCGAUCCUAGACCAUCCUCGCCAGCUGAUACAAGCGUCAACUAUCUCCCUCGCAGCCAUUGGUGUCAUGGCUCAUAUACUCAUGAACACGGACGGAUUCCCGCUCAAAGUGCAUCUACUUCGCCACCGCUGCUUCAUGAUGUCACGGGAGUUGCAGAUUCAUCGAUUAGAUACAGAGAAAUGUCGCGAAGACCGAAGGAUAAAGGGGUGCGACAUGAUCGAUAUUGAGGUUCAACGACGUCUCUGGUGGGGCAUGGUCGCAUCAGACUGGCUCUUGUCGUUUUCAGGUGGUGCCCAAGAGGGGGCGUACAUUUUUCAACCAAAGCAUAUGAACGUCAAUUUCCCCAGCAACACGGAUGACGAGUAUAUCACUUGCGCUGGCAUACAUCGAGAGUUUCCCAUGUCUGUCCCGACAUCAAUGUCCGCCUUCUUUUGGCGAAUCAAAACCUCGGAACUGUGUCGGCAAGUCAUCGACGCCCUGCCGUCGGUCCUCCUAGAUAGCUCGGAAAAUGAUUACGAUACCAUUUUAGAACUAGACCAGAGGUUCCAGAAGCUGAUCGAAGACAUGCCCGUAUUCUUCAAGAUCGACCCCGACAGCAUCGAGCAGAGCCGCGAGAUAUGCAAAGAGCGACCUUACAUUGCCUGGCAACGGACCAGCAUUCACUUCAGUCUGAAUACCCGUCUCUGCCGGCUCCACCGGCCGUACCACCUGGAGGGAACAAUGAAUCCUAAAUAUGCCUAUUCGCACAUGGUAUGCAUCCGGUCCGCACAGAAGGUCCUAGAGUUACGGCGCUCGAUGGAUGAUAUCAAGACUGACGUGGGACUUAUGCCUGGACGGUUCUGGACCGUCAUGCACCAUGUCUUCUUUGCCGCGCUGAUCCUCGCUAUGGAUGUAUCUUUCAACCCCAAUGCUCCGGACGUGGAAGCUCGCAAGGCCAAGGUGAUGGCGGGGUAUCAGAUGCUCGAGCGGUCUAAAAAGGAGUCGAACUAUUUAAUGCAAGGGGUCCAGAAGAACCUUCAGACCCUCAUGUCGACCCUCCACAAACAGCAGUCGCAGCCUGUUAGCUCGACGUUCAAAGGGGACUCUGCGGGGGCGUCAGAGCCGGCUAGGGUGCAGACCCUGCCGGCGUCGGGCCUGAGCGACUCCGUACGCGUCCCGGGGACCCAACGCACUACAAUACAACCCUCAUCUAUAAUUGAAGCAGAUGGCGACCAGGGCAGUAUAUUGGUCAACGACAUUGGUGAAGAAGGGUGGGACCAGUUGUGGUCUGAGUUUGUGGCUGUGGCGCCCGAUUUGGAUAUACCCCAGUGGAGUUCGUUGCUGGAGGAAGUGGAUUUCAAUACCGGGCUGGAUGUGUUUUGA